GGCCUAAGACAUGGAAUGGACAGAAGCUACUCCUCAGCACAAGAUGACAUUGAACAGAGUAUCUGCCAAGCCCGGGCUUCCGUGAUGGUCUACGAUGACACCAGUAAGAAAUGGGUACCCAUCAAACCCGGCCAGCAGGGUUUCAGCCGGAUCAACAUCUACCACAACACUGCCAGCAGCACCUUCAGAGUCGUCGGAGUGAAGCUGCAGGAUCAGCAGGUUGUGAUCAAUUAUUCAAUCGUGAAAGGGCUGAAGUACAAUCAGGCGACACCAACCUUCCACCAGUGGCGAGACGCCCGCCAGGUCUAUGGCUUGAACUUCGCCAGUAAGGAGGAGGCGACCACAUUCUCCAACGCCAUGCUGUUCGCCCUCAACAUCAUGAAUUCCCAGGAAGGAGGCCCGUCCACCCAGCGGCAGGUGCAGAAUGGCCCCUCUCCUGAUGAGAUGGACAUCCAGAGAAGACAAGUGAUGGAGCAGCAGCGCCAGGAGUCUCUAGAGAGAAGAACCUCAGCCACAGGACCCACCCUCCCACCGGGGCACCCCUCAUCUGCAGUCAGCGCCCCCCUCUCGUGUAGUGGGCCUCCACCCCCGCCCCCGCCCCCUGUCCCACCGCCACCCACAGGGGCCACUCCCCCUCCCCCACCCCCACUGCCAGCCGGAGGAGCCCAGGGCGCCAGCCACGACGAGAGCUCCGUGUCAGGACUGGCUGCUGCCCUGGCGGGGGCCAAGCUGAGGAGGGUCCAGCGGCCCGAAGAUGCCUCCGGAGGCUCCAGUCCCAGCGGGACCUCCAAGUCUGACGCCAAUCGGGCGAGCAGUGGGGGCGGAGGAGGAGGCCUCAUGGAAGAGAUGAACAAGCUGCUGGCCAAGAGGAGAAAAGCAGCCUCCCAGACAGACAAGCCGGCUGAUAAAAAGGAAGACGAAAGCCAAACGGAAGAGCCCAGCACCUCUCCAUCUCCGGGUACCCGAGCAGCCAGCCAGCCACCCAACUCCUCAGAGGCCGGCCGGAAGCCCUGGGAGCGGAGCAACUCCGUGGAGAAGCCCGUGUCCUCAUUGCUGUCCAGAACCCCGUCCGUGGCCAAGAGCCCCGAAGCUAAGAGCCCCCUUCAGUCGCAGCCUCACUCUAGGAUGAAGCCGGCCGGGAGUGUGAACGACGUGGCCCUGGAUGCCUUCGAUUUGGACCGGAUGAAGCAGGAGAUCCUGGAGGAGGUGGUCCGAGAGCUCCACAAAGUGAAGGAGGAGAUCAUCGACGCCAUCAGGCAGGAGCUGAGCGGAAUCAGCACCUCGUAGAGCGUGCAGGGCUCGAGCCACGACCCCCUGAUGGACGGCGGGGACAGAGGAGCACAGCCAGGCCUCCAGCCACCGAGCACGCACUGAAGCUAGGAUGUGUUUCACUUAAGUCUUAACCUGUGAGAAAAUAUUAAAAUGAGGGAAAAGUUCAAUUCCUGGAUUUUUUUAGAUUCUACCUGACACAGAACACCAGGUCUACUCGCCUUUUUUUGUAUUUUAUAUUUGUCUAUUUAAGUGUACAUUUCUUUUGGUUUAUAGAAAAGAUACCCCAAACCACACGCUUCAUUAGGUGGUUCCGAGUUCCUCCUGGGUGCCCCUCGCACCUGGGCCUGGCGCACUGUGCCAGCAGCUCCUCCCAGCGUCACGGUGUGAAGUCUGUCCACGCCCCUCGGUGUCUGUGUCCACGUGGUAAUAAACGCUUACUGUCCACA